AUGUAUAAUUAUACUGAAACUAUUGAAAAUAUUAAUGUACAAACUAAUAAUAAACAAAAAAAUAAAAAUAAAAAAAAUAAUACACCAAAUAUAGAUUCAAUGAUAUCAUCAAUUGAACAAAGAGAAAAUGACGAAGAUGCCGACAAUGAAAGUGAUAUCAGUAAUGACCACCACAUGAGUUUAGAGUUAAAGAAAUAUCAUAGUAGAUCGAGCAGUAAAAAAAAAUUGCAACAAAGAGUUGUAGCAUCAUCACCAACACAAUCUAUAUCUUCAUUAUCAUCAACUCAAUACUCACCCUCAAACUCACCAACUCCACAAUCAUUUCAGUAUCCACAAUAUCACCAACAGCAACCACAAUCACCUAUUCCCUCUUUAACUUCCCUACGACGAAAAUCAUAUACUCCCCCAACACCUUCCAAUAUGUUGUUUGAUAAUAAUAAUAAUAGUAGAAUAUCACCCACAUCUCAUUUAAAUAUAAAUCCACUAUAUAAUAGCACAGGCAGUUUGGGUAGUAGCACUAGUACAAAUAAUUUAUUACAUAUAGGCGAAUAUAACAAUAGUCAAUAUUCAAGUAGUCCAAUGGCAUACAGAACCACAGGUGCUCUACCUCCAAUAUCUACAUCACCAAACAAUUUAAUAAAUACCCCCUUAAAAAGAUCAAUUUCAAAUAGCUCAAUAAUGUUUACACCUAAUCAUCAACCUUUCCCUAAUAAUAAUAAUAACAAUAACAAUAACAAUAAUAUUUCAUCAUUAUACACCCAAAGUAUUAGCAGUGGUGGUAGUGCUAAUAGUAUUGGUGUUUCAUCAUCACCUUUAACUUUUUCAACAUUAGCAUCAUCCCCAACAUCAUCAUUACAGAUUCAAAUUUCACCAUCUCCACCGCCACAUUUACAACAUCUUCUUCACCAGCAGCAGCAACAAAAGCAAUUACAAAAAUCGAAUAAUGUAUUAGGUACAAAUAUAAACUCAACACCCAUAAGAUCAAAAAUUAAAAAGGCACCUUCAUUUUGUGGUUAUCCACAAAAAUCAAUUUUAAUGGAUUAUUCUUUUAUUACAACAUAUGGUCAAGAUAUAUCAAGUAUUAUAGCAUUAGAAUUAUCAAGUUCAAAUAUAAAAUCUGUUAAUAAUGAAAAAUUUGAAUUGUUUGAUAAAUUAAUUUAUAUUGAUUUAAAUAAUAAUUUUGUACAAUUUAGUCCCUUUUCAAUCAUACCAAAUUUAUGUGAAUUAUAUUUAUCAAAUAACCAAAUCGAAAAUUUACAAUUUAAUAGUGGUUUUAAAUGUUUAACAAAAUUAGAUUUAUCAAACAAUUUAAUAAAUUCAAAGAGUAUUCAUCAUUUACUAAAACUAGAAAAACUUUUAUGUUUGAAUUUAUCAUUUAAUGAAAUCAUUACACUCCCAGAAGAUAUGUCCUCGUUACAAGCACUAGAGACAUUAUAUCUUGAAAGCUGCCAUUUAUCUUUAAAAACAUCAACUUUACAAAGUUUAUCAACUAUCCCAAAUUUAAGACUAUUAAAUUUAAAUAAUAAUCAAUGGGAUAGAAUAUUGCCAAUAGGUGGUGUAUUUAAAUCGUUAAUUGAACUUUCACUAUGCAAUAACUUUAUUUCAAAUUUAUAUAGUAUUGGUAAUCUUUAUCACACAUCUUAUCCUUUACUUACACGUGUUCAAUUAUAUGGAAAUCCAUUAAAAUCGACAUUAUUAUCACUUCAAGUAAAUAAAUCAAUUCAACUUAUAACAACUCAGCCAUCAAUUUCUCCAACCUCAUCCACCUCCUCUUUAUCAUCAAAUAGCUCAACACCCUCAAAACAUGAUAAUCAGCUAUUUUCGACAAAGAAAAGAUCAAUACCAAAUAAAUCACAAUCAACCUCUUCAAUAGAUAAAAAUAAAUUAAGAGACUCUGAUCCAAUAUUUUUUAAUUCAAACUAUAUUAAACAACAGCAACAAACAAACUCACCCCUAUCAUCACCAUCAUCAUAUCAUCAACAUCAUCAUUACAGCCAUCAAUACUAUCAACAAAAACAACAGAUACUACACCAAGCACCACUAAAUAACGAACCAAACGAAUUUGAAGUAGAUGAAGAAACUUAUAACACAAAUAAUUUUAAUGAUGACGAUGAAACUCAAGAUAUUAGUGACGAUAAUGAAUUUUACUAUAAUCAUAAUAGCAAGGAAUUAAGUUUAAGUGAUUUAACAAUUAAUUAA